AUGACGUCUAUCCCCACCGAGACAAUCACGGGCAUGAGCUCAGUCUUCACGCCCGCGGCCGGUUGCAGCAAUUCUUGGACCUUUGAAGGCUCCUACUACAACAGCAUUUCCAGUGGUCUCUUAAUCCAGAAUCUCUAUCUAGGCGAAUUCGACACUGCAUGCUUCCCCACCGACUUUGCCAUGUACGGCCGCGCACCCUCGAGCAUCCAAGUCUAUAGCCCCGGCGCCUGUCCCAGUGGAUACCAAACCCCAGGCGUCUUCAACAACGAUGGAACCACCACGGCCAUAUGUUGUGAAUCUGGCUACAGCUAUGCCACCUCCUUCAGCACCAUCAACUUCUUCACCUCCAGCUCAGUGCUCUUUGUGGGUUGCCUCAGCACUCUCGAGGGCACUACUAGCGUUAUAGCCCGCGCCAACGACACUGAUCUAUCCAGCACGGUUGUCUCUGGCCCUCUGACCAUGUGGGGUCAACCAGUCACCGUGGAAUAUCAACAGAAAGAUCUGUCUCUUUUUGGAACCACCAGCACAAGCUCCUCAUUACCCAUCCCGACCUCAACCACCACUUCCUCGACCGCCACCGCCUCUGGUUCCUCCAGCAACUCAACCUCCCUGCUCAACAAACAUAGCUCAGACCUGUCAACAGGCGCUAAAGCCGCCAUCGCCAUCGCUGGCAUCCUCGCUGUCCUGAUAGCUGCCGCCAUUGCAGUCUUCCUGAUUAGGAAGAGAAGGGAGAGACGGAAAAGAAGGUUGACCAACCAAGACCACGAGUCCUCUAACUCGGUGCCUAAGUGGGCGCGCCAAGAACUUGAGGGCGACAACUUACUCGACCCCAGUCGCCAACCAAAGACUAAACCGCUGCAGUUCCCAUACCACCAGUCGCCCGUUGAGCUCAGCGCCCAGGAACGCUCAAAUAUAGUCAAUGAGCUGGAAUAA